AUGAAUUGUCGAGCCCUGCAAGCGAGAAUCGUGAGGCUCGAGGCGAUUUACGGUCCUACCGCUGGUUCCUCUCCAAUCAAUCAUCUACGGGUGCCACCCGGCGAUCAACAGAUGUCCACACCGAAACCACUAGCCGACAUAGCAGAGCAGACGUCAAAUGUCGCCAUUGGAGCUGCAUUCGAUGGAACAGCUGAACAUUCGAUUAGACCCACAGUCAUUCAAAACAGCCAAUUCCAACCAUCAAGCUUCUCGUCGGAUCACCAGGGACACAUCGUAAAGAACCCGGAGAAGAAGGUUCCCCGCUUCAAUGGAGACCCCAUCAAAUUCGACGAAUGGUGGUCGCUCUUCUCGUACUACGUCGAUUCGAAACCAAUCGACCCUACGGAAAAGUGCCCAAUCCUAAAGAACUCCCUCGUCGGGCGAGCCCUCCAAACGGUCGCGCAUCUACGUAUCGCCGCGGAGUCCUAUGAAAUCAUGAAGUACACCAUCCAAGAAUCAUUCGGCGACCCUGAUGCGGCGAGGGCAGCAUUGUUACAGAACAUUCACGUGGUGUGUCGUGCUAAGGACCUGUCAAAACCGAGUAAGUUCAUCAGUUUCGCUUUGACUUUGGCGCAGAAUGUCCGUUCAUUAGAAGCUCUCGGUGAAGGUUUCGAGCGUCUCUCAUCUCUCAGCCCAAUGAUUCUCAGUUGUUUGACUCACGAGAUGAAGCUAGAAUUCAACCAGAAAUGGGAGGAACGGGACUCCGAUUCAGUUAGCAAAGUCGAGUAUCUCCUGAGCUUCCUAGAGUGGAAGAAACGUCUCUUCGAUCUCGGUGAACCGGACGUCGGAGAAACAGGCUUCCCAGAAGAGAUAGAUCUCCUGCUGGCAAACGACUGUUUGCAUCAGGUUUAUGCAGGUCAAUACAAAAGAUUCGGGAAGGUCCUAGCUUCCCCCACUAUCUUCGGGUGGGUGUUCUGGGGACAAAGCGGCUCCAACGCGGUUUCACAAUUGAAAUUCACAACCUCGGGGGUGGUCAUAUGCUCUUCCAUUUCUUCCGGCGUUCACGGUCAAAGGGAAAGGGCUCAAAGAUCCAUCGAGGAGAUUGAAAACCUCGAGUUCCUCUGGGACUCGGAGUUCCUUGGAGUCGAGCAUUCCACUGCAGGCGAUGCGGAUGAAUCCGCCCGGGCCAUGAUAGAGCGUUUCAAAAACUCGGUCAAGCGAUUGCCCUCCGGCCAAUACUCGGUCUCCCUUCCCCUCAAAGACAAUCUUCACACUCUCGGUGAUAAUCAAAAAUUAGCAUACUCAAGAUUGAUAGCGUUCCUCAAGAACGCGAAGAAGGAUCCGGAAUUUCUCAAAGCCGUUGACAGGGAGAUUCAGAAAUACCUGAAUUCGGGAUUCAUAGAGUUAGCCGAACCUAGGUCGCCUGGAGAACUAGCACAUUAUAUUCCAAUACUGGCAGUUGCGAAGAAGUCGGCGACAAACGAUCAGGAGCGACGAGUGAGGGUAGUCAAAGAUUGUGGUUCGCGCUCGAGGGAUGAAGCGUCUCUUAACGACGUUCUCGAGACGGGUCCUAGCCUGCUGCCAGACAUCCUCAUCCCGCUACUGCAGUUCAGAAGCUUCCCAAUCGUCAUAAUCGCCUAUAUAAAGCAGGCUUUCAUGAACUUCCUUAUUGAGAAAGAACAUCGAACCUUUCUGAGGUUCUUUUGGCCGACUAAGAUUUCUGAAAACCCGAACGCCGCAAUUCGAGAAUAUUGGGCAAGAGUUCUCGACUUCGGUAUUUCUUCAAGUCCGUUCCUUCACUGCAUGGGUCUUCGUCACCACCUGGACUCAGAGGCCGAGAGGCUGCCCGACAAAGCACAGCUACUUGAGCAACUCAAGUCAUCGUUCUUUAUGGACGACCUCUGUACGGGAGCGAGCUCCGUAGACGAAGCUAAGGUCGUCGUCAGGACAAUCCAGCAAUUGGCAGAUUCCGUGGUGAAAACCGUGGGCCCCGACCGCGAAGUCUCGGCCUCGGAUGAAUCCUCGAAAUUUUUGGGAACCCAUUGGAAUCAACGCGGGGAUUCCCUGUUCAUUGACGUCGCGAAUAUAAUUGCUUUCUUCGAGUCCGAGCCGCUCACCAAACGACAGCUCAUCCGCGGGUUGGCGAAAAUCUAUGACCCUCUGGGCCUGAUCUGCCCCAUCGCGAUUAAUUUUAAAUUUCUCAUGCAAAUCAUUUGGUCUCGGCGGAUUGAUUGGGAUGUGGAGUUACCAGACGACCUCAGGGCUAAAUACCUCGAGGCAGUGAACAAUCUGAAGAAUGCCCCCUUCAUUCAGGUCGAGCGUAACUUAUUCGAACUCCCAAGAGAUCAGGCGACGCGCGAACUUCAUGUGUUCGCUGAUGCGUCGUUCUCAGCUUUCGGAACCAGUGCUUACAUUCGAGAAUUCCAGGGGCCCUAUCCGAAAGACAAAGUUUCGGUCAAAUUCAUUAUGGCAAAGACCAGAGUCACUCCGCUGAAGGGCAAGUGGACCAUUCCACGACUUGAGUUGAUGGCAGCUCUCCUCGCAGCGCGCAUGGCGAGCAAGAUUCGGAAAUAUCUCUCGAACGAGAUCGAUUCGAUUCACAUGUAUUCAGACAGCAGCAGCGUUCUGGGUUGGAUCAGGGACACGCCUGACCGGUGGACUCAAUUCGUUUCGAACCGAAUCCGUGAAAUUCAGUCCUUAACCGACCCAAACUCAUGGAGUUAUAUAAGGAGUGAGGAGAACCCUAGCGAUCUUCUUUCCCGGGCCUCUCCGCUCGAUUCCGAGGAACUGAGGAAACUGUGGCUCCAGGGUCCUCCUUGGUUGGGUACUUCGGGGAGCCCGGAACCGCAUUUACUGAAUGCGAUCCCUCCUCGAGAGUCCCUCCCGGAAAGGCGUGCGGAGCUGGUGGUCACAUCCAGCACGAGGCCUACCCCUAUCGGACCCUUAUUCUCAAAACAGUUCGGUUCAUGGCAAAAAGCGGUCAGAGUACUCGCCUACGCUCGCCGUUUCGCGCUAAAGAAGGAAAAACCAUCAGACCUCGUGGUGGAGGCGAUCGAAUUUCGGAACGCCGAAGAGGCGCUGAUAAAGUAUAUCCAGAGAUGUUGCUUCUCAGCCGAACUGGCUUCGAAUUGCGGAAACAUUACUCGUUCGAGCAAACUCUACCAGUUCAAUCCUUUCGUCUCAGAGGAUGGUUACAUCCGAUGCAGAAGUAGACUACAGCAUUCAUCUAAGAUGAACUUCGACGAAAAAUGCCCAAUCCUCCUCAUGGGAGAAGAUUUCCUUGUCCGGCUCCUUCUCAGAAGCAUCCACGAAUUUUCAUGUCUCCAUUCCGGUGGCGUAGCUUCCAUCCUCCAAGAAGUCCGCAAGAAAUUCUUCGUAAUUCGAGCUAGGAGAGCGGCGAAAGCGGCGAUCGCGGGCUGCAAGGGAUGUGCUCGAUACAGAGCAGUCAAAGCGAGCGAGCCGAUCCCACCAUUACCGACAUUCCGUCUGGAAGCAUCAACUCCUUUCGAAUGCUCCGGAACGGACCACGCGGGCCCUAUAUACUUCAAAUCCGACACAGGGGUCAAAACCAAGGGUUACAUUCUCCUGUUCGUUUGCGCAACUACGAGGGCCUGUCGAUUGGAGAUGGUUCCGGACCUCUCGACGAAUGAAUUCCUGCUAGCAUUACGCAGAUUCAUCGCAAGGAAUCCCACGGUGCAACGCAUUGUCUCCGACAAUUCCAAAACCUUUCAUAAAGCAUCGCGUGAGUUGAACGCGAUCUUCCAAAAUGCCAGAACGCCGAAAACGAGAGAUUUCUUGGCGGCUAAGAGAAUCGAGUGGGAAUACUCAACUCCUUUGAGCCCUUGGCAGGGGGGAUUCUUUGAGAGAGUUGUACAAAUGGUGAAGCGCCCGCUUCGUAAGAUAAUGGGCGUUCACACCCUUAAGUACAGAGAGCUCGAAGCAACGUUGUUCGAGAUCGAGAGGAUGAUAAACAAUCGCCCGCUCACAGCGGUGAUUAUCGACCCUGAUGAACCGAGAGCCUUGUCACCCUCUGAUCUCUUAUACGGGUAUUCAGCCGGUCAACCUCUCCCGGAGACAAAACGCAUCCUCCAGGAAGCAACGUCGGCUUCGGCCGCAGUUUUCUCCCGGCGCUGGCUGAGCUAG